GCAGUCUAGCUCAUCUCAUCGAGAUUACUACGUACCUAGGUACUGAUAUAUUCUCCGUCUGCCUCGCACUACCUCUCGUUGAUCAGCUUUCACCAUAACGGCCCCGUAAAGCUUCGGUGAUCAUCCACAUUGACAGAUUCCAUACGGUUCAAAGAUCACCAUUAUGGCGGCAGCAAGCUCUCUUAGUCGUCACGACUUUAACGUGCUCGAAAAGAUCAAAGACCCGGAAUCAAAUCCAUUGGCAGCUGUCAUCGUAGACUCAACGCUGCCCAGAGACCCAAACAUUAUAGAUGCAUCGGUGUAUGACCGCGUCUCCAAGAAAGAACGGGAUAUUGUGUUGGCUAUGCAACAUCUAGAGAUGCAACUAGCUGGUUUGCGGUCGGCAUCGACGACAGAGCCAAUAGAGGAAUACCGGAAAUGUGUAUCGAGGCUAGAAGAACUCAUCUCAGAGCAUCCCAAUUAUGCCAGCGCGCGAAACAAUAGAGCACAAGCCCUCAGGAGACUAUAUGGGGAUACAAUGCUCCUAACUAGUGUCCAUGAUCCGAACGGGUUGGUACAGGACGUCGGCGACGCUGAGAGAUCUCAAGCGGCAACAUUGGCUCUUUCGGAUCUCGACGAAGCCAUUACGUUGCUAACGCCGAGGAGCCUCUUUGCUUCCAUCUCGCCACAAGCUGGGAAGACCCUGUCGAUGGCACACACGCAACGAGCAGCGAUCUACCAUAUGACUGCGAAGUCCUUCCAGCCCGGUCAGGUGGCUAAGAUUUCUGAAAGAAAGGAAGCAGAAUGGACAAAGAUCGAGUUUGAAGAGGCCGCCUCCAGGGAUUUUGCCUUUGGAGGGAGAUAUGGUAACGAGAUCGCAAAGGGCUUGGCUGUGAGUACUAACCCAACUGCCAAGCUAUGCGGGCAGAUGGUGAGGGAGGCUAUGAAGAGGGAAUAUGGCCCAGCAUAUGCCGAAUGACUGUUCGGCUUAAAAGGUGUUUUUAUUGCUGGUCCUAGAGAACUUCAUCCAUAGAAUCUAGCGUAUUGACUGGUAUCGUUCAUCCCCUUUCGAUAUGGGUUUAUAUUAAAGCCGGCUCUUUUCGACAAUUUCAGUAUGGUAUAUAUCGUUGGUGAUCGUGGUGGC